AUGGCCUGCUGUGUGUUUUGUCUUCCUAUCAGACGGCAGGUGAGACACACCUGAGGAGCGCGGACUGCGGAGCGGCUCAAACUUUGGAUAUUUUCCUCUCGGACUGAGGUGGACGUGGAGCGUCGGGACGCACCAGAACUUUUUCCUCCCCCACUCAGGUUCAAGCGGACCGUAAAUGUUCCGGUUCUGUUCCUCCUCCCUGCUGCUGCUGCUGCUGGUGGUCGGGCUGUGCGGCGCAGCGGAGGAGUGCGGCGACGACUUCCGCCCCGGCAGCAACGACUUUGUGCUGGACACCAAGGACGCGGUGAAGGAUGGCGCGGCUCUGCUGGCCACGCACAACGUGUCCAUAGACGAGGAAUGCGAGACGCGCUGCUGCAACGACCCACGCUGCAACGUCGCGCUGCUGGGGCCGCGCGACGCGGGUGCCACGGAGGACACGCGCACGUGCGUCCUGUUUGACUGUGUCCACAAAAACCACUUUGUGUGCAGGUUUCUGAAGCAGGCUGGAUACCAGAGCUACCUGAAGAGGAGCGUCUUCCAGAGAUACCUGAAGGCGCCAGGUAAGCUGUCGCUGCCCAUCGCCAACGCAGGUCGUGAUGUCGUCGUCCAGCCCGGAGAGGUUGUGAUGCUCAACGGCUCCGAGAGUUUUGCCCUGCAUGACGCAAAGAUCUCUGACUACAAAUGGAGCCUGCAGAGCGAAGACAACGGCAUGACCAUGGAGAAGACGGAUCUACCGGACCAGCUCAGACUCUCCAACCUGCAGCCAGGCUCGUACGACUUCAGGCUGACGGUCACAGACUCCAAAGGCAAAUCCACCCAUGACGACGUCAGAGUCCUGGUCCUCAGCCCCGAUCUGUCCACCUCAUACUGCCUGGCUCCAGCCAAGGUGGGCCCAUGCCGCGCAGCGUUUGCUCGAUGGCACUACGACGCGCAGAAGGGCAGCUGUGAGCAGUUUACCUACGGAGGCUGUAAACCCAACAAGAACAACUUCCUGUCAGAAUCUGAGUGCAUGUCCGCCUGCAGAGGAGUGGCAGCGUCCUCAGAACGGAGCCUGACUCUGCCUACCAAAGAGGAGUGCGGCUCAGCGUGCCGCCCCGAUCAGCUGACCUGCAGCAACGGCUGCUGUUUGGACCGAAGUCUGGAGUGUGACAGCGUGGCGCACUGCACCGACCGCUCGGAUGAGAAAGUCUGCAACAAUCUGAGCCAGACCUUCAGCCGCCUGAUGAGCGUCAACAUUGACGAGAAAGCACGAUGCGUGGACCCUCCUCGCGUCGGUCCCUGUCGGGCCAGCUUCCCCCGCUGGUACUACGACCCUUUAGAGACCAAGUGUGUGAGCUUCAUCUUUGGUGGCUGCGACGGAAAUGACAACAACUUUGAGAAGGAGGAGGACUGCAGCGCGGCGUGCGCAGGAGUAAAAGAGGACAGCGUAUUUUUCAAGGGAGUCUUUGAACGUUUCGAAGCAAACGACGGCAAAGAAGAAAAUACAUCAGGCUCCGUCGCUGUGGCCGUGAUUCUGGCGGUGGCCAUCUUGGCCCUGCUGGCCAUCGUGGGGUACUGCUACCUGCGGCGGCGCAGGAAGCGCUCCCCGGCUGCAGCUGCCCUCCCCAACAUGGCGCUGUCGGAGCAGGACACGCUCGUCUACAACAGCACCACCAAACCUGCGUGAUGUCAUCACCACGGGACUGACGUCACUUCUGUUUUUUAUUGUUUUUGUCUACUUCUCCUUUAAAUCUCCGUUUUGUAGUUAACUUUUACUGAUAUUUCCCCCGUUUUAGUUUGUGAAACUAUUGAAAUGAGGAGAAACUGGAUCUUAUUUAUGACUCGUCCCGGCCUGUUUCAGUCUUAAUCUGCUGGUUCGUUAUGGACGGGUUCGUCUUGGCUCAGUUCAUCUGCUGUUGAAUAUAUUUAUGAAACAGUGUUUAGGUCGCAGGGUUUAAUUGUUUUACUGCACUGUGUGUGUGUGUAUAUAUGUGUGUGUGUGGGGGGGUGUAAGUUUAAAGUGAAAGACCUUUUAGUUUAUUAAAUCUAAAUCCAUCAAAAGACGAAACGAUCUGUGUAGAACUUAGUUUUUAACAUGUUGAGCCUCAGUUUUUAACUCGGGUUAAAAUGUCCUAAAAUGUUUUGCUGUCUAAUAAAACCGAUACUAAAGUAACUUUUAAGAUGAA